AUGUCACGUGCACUCGCGUCCCUCCGCGGUGGGCCGCCGAUGAGGUCGUCGCGUCAUACGCUCAAGGGUCCGGAUUUCGUCAUACCAAAGAACCUCAUAGCUAGUAGGUUUUGUUUCUCUAGUGUACAUAGUGGAAAAAUGCCUGAAAUUGCUGAAGUCGCUCGGUGCGUGCACUUCUUACGCCUGCAUCUUGUCGGCAAGAAGAUCGCCAAGGUGUCUGCUCCCGAUGAUGCGAAUGUUUUCGGUAAGGUUGGCACAAGUGGCCCGGCUUUUGAGAAGGCAGUCAAAGGGAAGAAGGUAGUCUCUGUAGGAAGUCAGGGAAAGUACUUUUGCUCGCAAGCUCACUCCUCCAGGAUUACAUUUGACCGGCCGCCUCAUGCGGUGAUGCACUUGGGAAUGACAGGAUGGAUUCACAUCAAAGGAGACAAGACAGCCUAUACAAACUACUACAAGAAGAUGAAGGAAGGGGAAGCAGACAUCUGGCCGCCCAAGUACUGGAAGUUCCAUAUUGAAACUGAAGGAAGCCCAAAAGCCGAGGCAGCAUUCACCGACCCGCGAAGGUUCGGCCGCAUCAGACUCGUCGACUGCCCGGGCGAUGAAAUCAGAAAUCACUCUCCAUUGAAAGAAAACGGGCCGGACCCUGUCGUCGAUGUCGACGUAUUCACAGAAGACUACCUCAAGCAAAAAAUGCAGUCCCGACACGUCCCGGUCAAGGCUCUCCUGCUGGACCAGACGCACAUCAGUGGCAUCGGAAACUGGGUCGCUGACGAGGUACUCUACCAGUCCAAGCUACACCCGGAGCAAUACUGCGACGAUUUCAGCGAAAAAGAAAUCCACAACCUUUAUGAGGCGAUUCGUUUCGUCUGUCAGACGGCUGUCGAUAAGCUUGGAGACUCGGACGAGUUUCCGGAAGAUUGGCUCUUCAACUACCGCUGGGGCAAGGGCAGCAAGGGCGCUGCUUCGGUGCUGCCGAAUGGCGAGAAGCUUGCGUUCAUCACCGUCGGCGGGAGGACGAGUUGCUAUGCUCCGGCUCGGCAGAAGAAGACGGGCCGGGUGGUGCCUUCAGCAAAGGAGGAGCCUGCGGAUGGCGAGGAGGCAAAGCCCCCAAAGACGAAGAGGGGCACAAAGGACGCUGGCGGUGACGCAGAGAAACCCAGCAAGAAGGCAAAGGCUGUGAAGAACGAAAAAGUCAAGGAAGAGUCUCCAGAGCCAGCUGUGGAGGCGCCGCCAAGCAAGAAGUCGCGGAGCACGAAGGGUGCAGAGAAAAACAAAACGCAGCCGGCUACCAAAGUUGGGCCGCAGUCACCGGUCGAUACUGGGAGGCGGAGAUCACAGCGGCUAAGGAAAUAA